UUUUUUUGUUGUAGCCGCCUUCAGACUCUUUGAUAAAGAGCUUGAAACGCACACCACCAACCAAGCAUUUGCAUCACAAGUUAUUUGUUUACUCAAGUCCCAAACAAAUAUCGAGAGAGAGCAAAUCAAAUAUGGACAUGGGAACCAUGAGCAUGGACAUGAGCGGCACCUCGACCACGAUGGACAUGUCCGCAACGUCAACUGCUGCAUCCGCAGCCGCGGCGACGACUUCGGCCAUGUCCAUGAGUAUGGGCGAUGGAAGCUCAUGCAAGAUUUCGAUGCUAUGGAACUGGUACACAAUCGACUCGUGUUUCAUCGCCUCCUCCUGGCAUAACACCUCGUCGGGCAUGUUCGCCGGGUCCUGCAUCGGCGUCAUCCUUCUCGUCAUGUCCCUCGAGUUCCUGCGCCGCGCCGUCAAGGAAUACGACACCUACCUGAUCCGCACAAACCGUGUCAAGACGAACCCGACUGCCUCGGAUGGCAGUUCUGGUGACGGGAAGACAGCGUUCACCGACAACACUGGAGUCCGUCCCAAUGUGUUGCAGCAGGCUGUCCGGGCUUUCCUGCACACGGUGCAGUUUGCUGUUGCCUAUUUUGUCAUGCUCCUCGCAAUGUACUACAACGGCUACAUCAUCAUCUGCAUCUUCAUUGGUGCCUUCCUAGGUGCUUUCGUGUUCCAGUGGGAAAUUCUUGGAAAGGCAUCGUCGACGAGUGCCACUAAGGAAGCUACAGUUUGCUGUGGUUGAAUACUGGGUAAUCCAUUUGUAUUGUAAGCGGCCCAGAACGACUGAAACCGGCAGGCGGACGGGGCAUGUAUCCGAAUACGAAGCAGAGUUAAGAGUGG